UUGUUUUAUUAAUGAGACAGUAGAGAAGAGUGACUAGAAAAUUUAGUGUUUUAUCUAUUGCAAUAAACGAAGAUAUUCUUCGUCAUCGUCACUUGAAAAUAAGGCUUCAUAGGGGACAAAUCAUAUACAUAUAGUAUAGCCACCUUAUGGUUUGUAAGUAUGUAAGCUCUCUGUGGUAUCGUUCUUCACUGUGAAUCCCGGCUCGUGCCUAGUAUUUUUCAUUCACAGGUCGUUAUUGCAUUUUUGAUCUCUAAGUAAAAUAUAUUUUUUAGAAAUUAUUAAUUUUUAGGUCGUCGUGAGAAAAUAUAGAUAUAAUUGCAGUAAAUAAUAUUAUACAAUAAAAUGAACGAAUUUAAGUUGCCUAAAGCUCCUAAUGGUAUGGGAAUUGCGGCUUCAUUCCUCGCAGCAGUCGGCGUGACUGGUUAUGGAUUUUGGAAAUCUAUGUAUACAGUGGAAGCUGGUCAUAGAGCAAUUAUAUUCUCUCGUUUGGGAGGAAUUCAACAAGAUAUAUUAACUGAAGGUCUUCAUUUUCGUAUUCCAUGGUUUCAUUGGCCAAUUAUUUAUGAUAUUAGAAGUAGGCCUAGGAAAUUAUCUUCCCCUACAGGAUCCAAAGAUUUACAAAUGGUCAAUAUUUCUCUUCGUGUGCUGUCUCGUCCUGAUGCAACUAUGUUACCAGCAAUGUAUCGUCAUUUAGGUCUUGAUUAUGAUGAAAAGGUUUUGCCAAGUAUUUGUAAUGAAGUAUUAAAAUCAGUUGUAGCAAAGUUUAAUGCAUCUCAGCUAAUUACACAGAGACAGCAGGUUUCAAAUUUAGUAAGAAAAGAAUUAACUGAACGUGCUAGAGAUUUUAAUAUUGUCUUAGAUGAUGUGUCAAUAACUGAAUUAAGUUUUGGUAAAGAAUAUACAGCUGCUGUAGAAUCUAAGCAAGUUGCUCAACAGGAGGCGCAAAGAGCUGCGUUUUUCGUAGAAAAAGCAAAACAGGAGAAACAACAAAAAAUUGUUCAAGCAGAGGGUGAAGCAGAAGCUGCCAAAAUGCUUGGCUUGGCUCUUAGUCAAAACCCAGGUUAUUUAAAAUUACGAAAAAUUCGUGCAGCACAAAACAUUUCUCGCACGAUUGCUAAUUCUCCCAAUCGUUUGUAUCUUAGUGGUAAUGGCUUGAUGCUAAAUAUUCAAGAUCCAUCAUUUGAUGAUUCAUCAGACAAACUGAAAACUCCUGUUUUUUCAGGUGAUAAAAGGCUGGGCUUGGGAAACUGGAAUGAUGCUAUGCAAAGUGCUGUGAAAACUUUAAAAUCUGAGCAACAAGCAACAGUGAAAACCAAUGAAAGGCCAUUAAUUAGAGAUUCUGUACCAAUAUCUCCAGAAGAACAAGUAUCUAUUUUAUUGGAUUCUGCAGAUGGUGGAGCAAAAAUGAUUGUUUCUUGAACUCGAACUUUUAAUUCCUUAUUUAAAAAGAGAUUGCGAUGCGAGCUCAUCUUCUCUAACAUAUUCCUCACCUAAAUCUUGUUAAUGUCAUAGACUAGAUAAAAAUCUUUUUAUUUUACAUUAAGGAAUCCAUAUUUUAAUAAUUUUUUAACAAGACGUCAUUGCAAAUUACUGACAUAAGAAAAUAAAGUUAAUUUACAGUUUGUCCCCUUA